AUGGCGCGCCGGAUCGAGCGGCUGGAGCAAGCGGUCGUCGACAAGAUCGCAGCCGGCGAGGUCGUCCAUCGGCCCGCGAACGCGCUCAAGGAGCUGCUUGAGAACAGCCUGGACGCUGGCGCGCGCCAGAUAUCGGUCGUCGCCGGCGCCGGCGGGCUCAAGCUGCUGCAGAUCACAGACGACGGCUGCGGCAUUGCACGCGAGGACCUCGACAUUGUCUGCGAGCGCUUCACGACGAGCAAGCUCCGGUCGUUCGAGGACCUGCGCGAGAUUUCCUCUUAUGGUUUCCGCGGCGAAGCGCUCUCGAGCGUCUCCCACGUCGCGCACGUCACGAUCACGUCCAAGACGAACGACCAGCCCUGCGCGUACCGUGCGCACUACCGCGACGGCGUCCUCGUGCCCAAGGUCCCGGGUGGUCCGACAGCCCCCGUGCCCUGCGCUGGCAAGACCGGGACACAGAUCCUCGUGGAAGACAUGUUUUACAACCUCACAACGCGCAAGCAAGCGCUCAAGAACGUCUCGGAGCAGUACCAGCGCAUCCUCGACGUCGUCCAGCGCUACGCCUUGCAUUACGCGAGCCAAGGCAAGGGCUUUGUCUGCAAGAAGCACCGCGAAGUCACUUGCGACGUCAACAUCUCGCAAGGGACGAGCCAAGUAGACGUGAUCAAGGCCAUUUUCGGUCCGUCCAUUGCAAGCGAGGUCAUUCCAGUCGCGUUCACCGAGGCAACGCCCGUCGGCAACGACAAGCCAGUGACGGCAAUUGGCUACAUCACCAACGCCAACUACAACACAAAGAAGGCCACGUUCAUCCUCUUCAUCAACAACCGGCUUGUCGAGUGCCCGACGCUCCGCCGGGCCAUCGAGCACGUCUACGCGCAGUACCUUCCCAAGCACAGCCAUCCGUUCGUGUACUUGGCCAUGACGAUUCCGCCCAUGAACGUCGAUGUCAACGUCCAUCCGACCAAGCGCGAGGUGCAUUUCCUGCAUGAAGAAACGCUGGUGCAGGCGAUCGCGGACUACGCCGACGCACUGCUCCGCGGCGGGAACGAGUCGCGCGUCUUUGCGGUGCAGCCCAUCGCAUCGAUGCUCACGUCGCACUUGGUGACGCGCCGGGUCGUGGCGCCGUCCAGCGCGCUCUUUUCCCAAGACAGCGCGGCCGACGACGAAGACAAUGACGAUGACGCGUCUUCCGACGACCAGGCGACCCCGCAGCGCAAGGCGAAGAAACGACCACUGGACGAGACGUCGCCGCUGGUGCAUGUGAGCUUGACCAAAGCCAAAGCCAAAACGUACGUUGCCGCCAAGGCACCACAGCGGCUCGUGCGCACCGACCACCAAGCGACGACGAUGGACCAAUUCCUUGUGUCAGACACGUCGUUCCACGCGGACGAUGAAGAUGACGCCAACGUCACCCUCGACUUGGACUCGACCUUGGACGAGAGCGAAAUUCUGCCACCGACACCGCGGCGGGCCAGCCAAGACACGCCAAGCACGGCCGACGGCGAACUUGAGCAUGAUGACGACGACGAGGAUGUGGAUCCGCAGAGCUUGACGAGUAUCAUGAACCUCAAGGACCAGAUUCGUGCGCGCUGUGAUCGCAGCUUGACCAAGCUCUUUCGCGAACACACGUUUGUUGGGCUCGUCGACGACCACUACUCCGUGAUCCAGCACUUGGAAAAGCUAUACAUUGUUCGGCAUGGCGCCGUGGCCAUGGCGCUCAUGUACCAGCACAUUGUGCGUCAGUUUGGGUCCUUCUCGACCAUCACGCUGCACGAGCCGCUCCCGAUUUUCGAUCUCGUCCUCUGCGCGCUCGAGAAUCCGCAGAAUCUGUACACUGAGGCCGACGGCCCCAAAGACGCCAUUGCCCGCACGAUUCAAACGACGCUGCUCGACAAGGCGCCGAUGCUGGCCGAGUACUUGGGCGUACACUUUACGCCCGAGGGCUUGCUGGCGCGCAUUCCUGUCGUUUUGCCCGGUCACGAGCCAUCCAUGCAUGCGCUGCCCGAGUUUAUUUUGCAGCUCCAAGACGUCCCUUGGGACGAAGAAGAAGCGUGUUUUGAAGGCGUGUGCACGACGCUCGCGCUGUGGUACAGCGACAUGGCGUACCCCGAGGCCUCGAACGAGAAGGCGGCGCACGUGCUCAAGCACGUCAUCUACCCAGCGCUCAAGACGACGCAGUUUGAGCCCCCGCACCAACUCCACGACAAUGGCAUUCUGCGCCCGAUUGCGAGCCUGAACAACCUCUACAAGAUCUUUGAACGCUGCUAA